AUGAGUAGUGGGCCCAAACAAAGUCAGUGGAAACUCUUAGCCAUGAUAGUGGAAUCAUUAGUCCUGUAUGCUGCUCCAGUUUGGUCAAAAGCUUAUAGCUUAGUAAAAGUCAAGAGGAAGCUAAACCAGAUGCAACGGAAUAUGGCGCUUCGGGUACGCAGUGGGUACUGUACAGGCGAAGUCGCCUUUAUCAUUGCUGAUGUUCCACCCCUGGAUCUGUUAGUGCAGGAGAGGUCAGACCCCCAUGCUGGCAUGGAGAAGGGACAGGCAAGGGAAACGAUGCUUGAUCGCUGGCAAGACCGAUGGACCAACGCACAGAAAGGGCCCUGA